AUGCUGGCCUUGGGCAAGCAGAGUGUCACCGUUCUGACCUUGGGCAAGCAGAGUGUCACCGUUCUGACCUUGGGCAAGCAGAGUUUCACAGUUCUGACCUUGGGCAAGCAGAGUUUCACCGUUCUUACCUUGGGCAAGCAGAGUUUCACCAUUCUGACCUUGUGUGAGCAGAAUGUAACCGUUCUGACCUUGGGCAAGGAGAGUGUCACCGUGCUAACCUUUGAGCAAGCAGAGCAUGCCCAUGUUGACCUUGAAGAAACAAAGUGUUACAGUGCUGUCCCCAGGGCAAGCGGGUGUUCUACGAUGGAUUAUAAUUCAGAAACCAGGCGAUUAUUUGUUGGUCUUGACAAUGGAACAAUUUCAGAAUUUCUUUUAUCAGAUGAUUUUAACAGGAUGCAGACGAGAAGAGAUUAUCUUGCACAUCAGAAUCGAGUAACUGGUAUAUUUUUCACCCUUUUAUCUGAGUGGGUUUUGAGUGUUGGGCGUGAUAAAUAUUUCCAGUGGCAUUGUAGUGAAACAGGACGGCGAUUAGGAGGUUAUCAAUCAUCAUCUUGGUGUACAUGCUUACAAUAUGAUGGUGAAUCUAAACAUGCUUUUGUAGGUGAUUAUUCCGGUAGUAUCAGUGUUCUCAAAGUUGAAGAUAACAAUUGUACUCUUAUUACAUCAUUAAAAGGUCAUUCAGGUAGUAUACGUAGUCUUGCAUGGGAUGUUGAAAAAAGACUGUUGUUUUCUGCUAGUUUUGAUCAAUCCAUUAUUGUAUGGGACAUUGGUGGACAGCAAGGAACAGCAUAUGAGUUGCAAGGUCACACGGAAAAGGUUCAAGCAUUAGCAUAUUCUUCACAAUCUCACCAGUUAUUAUCGGGAGGAGCUGAUAACAGGAUUGUAGUAUGGAACAUGCAUAUCAAAAGAAAUGAG